AUCAAGGCACGUCACACUUACACUGACCCACUUUAACACGACCCGCAAUGAUUCACCACAACACGAAUUUCAUAUCUUAUUAAAAAAACUAUAUAUGCAAAAGUUGAACUAUUCUCAUGUAAAGGGAACGUCUUUUAGACUUGUGCACCUUGUUGGAAUCUUAGCUACACAACUUUCUUCCCCUUAAAUCAUUAUCUCCAUGUCUAUAAAUACACCUAAAACUCAUCCUUAAACUCAAACCCAAUAUAAACCUAAGAAAGCACCAAAAAUGGCUUCAAGUUCUUGCAAAAACACAAACAUAUGGGCAUGGAUACAAAACCUUCCACCAUUAACUCAAUGGAAAAAAGAUACCAUGUCAAUAUGUAUAUGCUCAUCAAACACAUCAUUAGCAACCCUUAGUCUAAACAUAACAAAACACACUCCAACCCAAUCAAUCUCCUUGGCCAUUAUUGUAAAUUUUAACCUCCCAAUAUCACUUUGGAUAUCAAAACCAAUUUAUAUACCAAAUACAUCCUUAAACAUUGUAAGUGAUCAAAACACAAUACACAAUCUCAUUUCAAUAUUCAUCCAUGAUGUGCUCAAAUAUGGGCCCACAAAACAAACUUACCCUAUAAAACUACCCAUAAUUAGUCCUCAAUCUAACAUCAAACAUAUCUUCAAUAUAACCAUUCUUUCACUAGUUUUUAUUGUUUGUGUCUAUGAAGCUCCUACAGAUCUUCGUUUUAAUUGUCUUAAAUCUAUAAAAGAUGAGUUAUCAACUUAUCAAUCUCGAGCAGCCUCAAAGCUACUCAUAAGGCUUUUAGGAUCGAAUAAUGAAGAUUUAUGGAUGAGAUCCAUAAAUCUUGGUAUUACAAAUUGGAAAAUGGAACUAAAAGCAGCUAAUUGUAUACUUAAAGGACCUUCUCCUUUGUUUUCUUAUGGAUUUUCUACUCCUGGGUUGUGGAAAGUUCAAUUGUAUUGUCCUAUUACAACCAUGGAAAUCGAAAACUCAAGUUCUUUAGCUGAUGAUCGUUUAGCCUUUUCUCUUAACUAUCAUCACCUUGAGGGUGUCAUACAACUUAAUCAUAAGGUCAUUGUAAGAGAUAAAUGGAUUGAAGUGAUGGUAAACAUUGAUAAUAUAAGGCUAGAUGUCAUUCGACUUGUAAGCGAGAAACUCCUGCACGAUCGAGGUGCAGGGGCAUCAGAAAAGCACUUCCCAUCAAGAAUCUCACUACAACUCACACCAUCACCUGACAUAGACAUUCUAAGCAUUUCAGUAAGCAAAUCUUCGGAGAAUCCGAAGAAGGAAAUCGGCAUAGAGAAGACAAUCGAAGGCUCGUUCGAGCCUCCUAACAAAGUCGGGCUUCAACUAUCAGCAGGAGAAACAACAACAACAGUCUUCACACCAUGGAAAUUCGAGGAAACAGCAAAGGGUGACAGUGGUGGUUUGAGCUGGUUUCUACAUGACAGCAGUGAUGGCAGAGAGGUUUUUUCAUCUAAGCCUUCACCAAAGAAAUUGUUUCAACCAAAAGCUUGGUUUAGAAACCGGUAUUCGAGUGCAUACCGGCCUUUUACUAGGCAAGGAGGGGUUGUAUUUGCAAGAGAUCAGUAUGGGGAGACUGUAUGUUGGAAGGUGGAUAAAUCAGCAAUUGGGAAGAAAUCUAUGGAAUGGGAGCUUGCUGGUUGUAUUGGGUUGACAUAUUGGCCGAAUAAGUAUAGGACAUUGUAUAAUGAAACUAGGAGGGCUGAGUUUAGGGAAACUUUGCACCUUACUCUUGUGUAGAUAGAUCAAUGUAAAGUAUUUACUGGUCUGUUUUACUCAUUUUGCAUCGUUUAGAGAAAAAGUUCUUACAUUGUAAUCUGAAAUGAUGCAAAAUGAGUGGGAGAAAAAGGUAGUCAUGAUUGAAGUUUAAUUUGUGUUUAAUGAUGCCGUCCAUUUUGCAUUAUUUUAGGAGGAAAUAUUUUUACAUCGUAAUUUAAAUUAAUGCAAAUUGAGUGGAAGAAAAGAGCAACUAUGAUUGAAGUUUGAUUUGCGAGUAAUGAUAUGUUAUGUAAAUUAGUAAGUAUAUUCGUACAUGAUGAGAAAGUAUAUUAUAGUAGUAUAAUAUCGUGCUUUACUUGAGAUUUACACUUUAUUUGGAUGGUUUAAUACCCAUGAUCCAUGUGCUUCUGUUUAGUUAACAUAUUAUCUUUGUUUACAACUCUAAGAAGGAAACUUGGAAGAGCAUCGAAGGAUCUAUAACAUAUCCCCUCUUCGGUGACUUUCGCUCCAGUCUCAGCGUCUGCAAACCUUCUGAUUCGACUGCGGGGGUGUGCUAGAAUAUUAUCAUUACUAGAAUAGAAUUAUUAAGAAUAUUUUGUAAAUAUUCAUAUCUUAGAUAUUAUUGUGC